UUAAUAUUAGACAUCAGAUAACGUGAGCACAAGGACCACUUAGCCGAAACCUCAGCGCAUGACCGGAAAAUAAAUCCCCACCAUUCAAACUAGAUUACAUUUCCUAACUCCGGAUGGUCAAAGGUUUGAUGAUACAAAAUCCUUUAUGUAUUUUCACCACGCUCUUAGCUCCUCCUAGAAAGUUAGAAACCACCAACCAGCAAGUGUAGGUAGUGCCAAAUGCGUAGCGAAGGAGCAUAGAAUCAUAAUCUUUGCUCCCCAUCUUUCAAGAAAAUGGUUUGUGAAGCUCUGUCCUUAACCAUUCCUUUGUUCUCAAAUUUAACCUCCAAAGAUACUAAAAGAGCUACAAAGCACUACAAUCUUCGUCGUUCAACACCUAGAAUUCGAUGCUCAAGUUCCAGUGCAGAGUGGCCCAUAACUGCUGAUAAACAUGAAGAUGAUCAUUCCUUGACUGGUACUGCUUAUGAUUUUGAAAGAGCCACCAUAUCACUAACUCGUAAGUCCCUAUCGACCUCAAAGAGGGUAACUCUUGUCAGGCAUGGCCUCAGCUCUUGGAAUGAAGAGGGUAGAGUUCAGGGAAGCUCAAACUUAUCUGUUCUGACAGAAACUGGAGUGAAGCAAGCUGAGAGGUGUAGGCAAGCCCUUUCAAAUAUGCACUUCGAUCAAUGUUUUUCAAGCCCAAUAUCCCGCGCUAAGACCACGGCUGAAGUGUUAUGGCAAGGGAGGGAAGAGCCUCUGGUUUUCCUUGAUUCGCUAAAGGAGGCCCAUCUUUUUUUCCUUGAAGGCAUGAAAAAUGUGGAUGCUAGGGUAAUAUAUCCAAAGGAGUAUGUAACAUGGAGAGAGGACCCUGCGAAUUUCUACGUGAAUGGUGUCUACCCUGUUCGUAAACUAUGGGCAACAGCUAGAGAAGCCUGGAGGGAAAUCUUGUUGACACCUGGAGAAAAUUUUCUAGUUGUGACCCACAAAUCAAUGUUAAGGGCAAUGAUCUGCACAGCUUUAGGGCUAGCCCCUGAGAGGUUUCGGGCAAUUGAUGUGAAUAAUGGGGGUAUAUCCACAUUUAGUUUCAACAAAAGAGGAGAAGCGAUGCUGCAGUCUUUGAAUAUGACUGCCCACAUGUAUACAUUACACUUAACGCCGCAAAAGCAUGAACUCACCAUAAGUUGCCCUCCAUUUAAUUCUCAAGACUUUCCCUCUCUUUCAUGGCAAUUUUACAUGGAAGCCAAACAACUUCAUCAAGCACCGCCGUCCUCGCAAUCACCAGCCUACCGCUCAAUUCUCCGAGCAGGCCCCCGUCUUAAACCUCUUCAACAAGUCCACACGCGGAUUGUCAUCACCGGCUCGGGUCGUAGCCAAUCCCUCAUCACCAAACUCCUCUCUUUCGCUUGCGCCGCCACUCCGCCCGUUUGCUACCUUCGUCGCCUCUUCCUUUCCAUCUCCAAGCCCGAUACUUUUCUCUUCCAUUCCCUAAUUACAUUAACCUCCAAAUUCAAUUUCCCUCUUGAAUCCCUUGUCUACCAUCGCCGGAUGAUAUCAGCCAAUAUUUCACCUUCAAAUUACACAUUCUCGGCCGUGGUUAAAUGUUGUACCGAUUUAAUGGCUUUUAAUAUUGGUAAAACUGUUCAUUGUCACGUUUUGAUUUGUGGGUACGGUUUGGAUUCGUAUGUUCAAGCGGCUCUAGUAAGCUUUUAUGCAAAAUCUGGUGAUUUGGGGGUUGCCCGUAAGGUCUUUGAUAAAAUGCCUGAAAAAACUGUAGUAGCUUGGAAUUCAAUGAUUUCAGGGUACGAGCAGAAUGGAUUAGGGAAGGAAGCAAUUGGGUUGUUUUAUUUGAUGCAAGAUUCGGGAGUUAAGCCGGAUUCCACAACAUUUGUUUGUUUGUUAUCGGCUUGUGCUCAGUUAGGUGCAGCUGGUUUAGGCUGUUGGGUGCAUGAGUAUGUUGUUAGAAACUGUUUCGAUGUGAAUGUGGUGCUUGGCACGGCAUUGAUUAAUAUGUAUUCGAGGUGUGGAAAUGUGAGUAAAGCGCGAGAGGUUUUUGAUUCAAUGGAGGAAAAGAAUGUUGUUGCUUGGACUGCUAUGAUUUCAGGGUAUGGAAUGCAUGGUCAUGGUAGCCAAGCAAUUGAGCUCUUUAGUGAAAUGAAGGUUCAUGGUCCACGACCCAAUAAUGUUUCAUUUGUUGCCAUCUUAUCAGCUUGUGCUCACUCAGGGCUUGUUAAUGAAGGGCGCCAGAUUUUUGCCAGCAUGAGGCAAGAGUAUGGACUGGUGCCAUCAGUGGAGCAUCAUGUUUGUGUGGUGGAUAUGCUUGGUCGUGCUGGACACUUGCAUGAAGCGUAUCAAUUUAUCAAAAGCGUGAUACCUGAAGAGCCAGCUCCGGCAGUCUGGACUGCAAUGCUUGGGGCUUGCAAGAUGCAUAAGAAUUUCGAUCUUGGAGUAGAAGUGGCAGAGCAUCUUUUAAGUAUUGAACCAGAAAAUCCAGGCCAUUAUGUAAUGCUUUCGAAUAUAUAUGCAUUGGCAGGUAGGAUGGAUCGAGUGGAAAAGGUCAGAAACAUAAUGAUAAGGAAUCGGCUGAAGAAGGAAGUUGGCUAUAGCACCAUAGAUAUUGAUCAGAAGAUUUAUUUGUUUAGUAUGGGUGACAAGUCACAUCCCGAGACAAAUAAAAUUUAUCUGUAUUUGGAUGAUUUGAUGAAUAGGUGCAGGGAAGCUGGCUAUACACCAGCAUCCGAAUCUGUGAUGCAUGAAGUGGAAGAAGAGGAGAGGGAACAUGCCCUCAGAUAUCACAGUGAGAAGCUUGCAACAGCAUUUGGGCUAUUAAAAACCAGCUCUGGUGUGGCCAUCAGGAUUGUCAAGAACCUCCGAAUGUGUGAGGAUUGUCAUACAGCAAUCAAGUUUAUCUCAAUUGUUACUAAUAGAGAGAUUAGUGUCCGUGAUAGGCUUCGCUUCCACCAUUUUAAAGAUGGCUCAUGUUCUUGUCAAGACUAUUGGUGAUGAACUUCACUUGUUAUCAAAAGCUUGAGCAAUUUCUCAGUUUCAUCACCAUUAUUGAAGAGAAGUAGAUGGGAAUCAGGACUGUUUGACAACUUGAUAAGUGAAGAUUGAUCAGCAUCCAUAACAAUGUGACAAAUGCCAAAGGCCAAUUUGACAUUUAUGCAUAAUUAAAUGUUUGGCAAAUCAGGAAUGGCAUUUUGAACACUUACCAUAGGGAUGCCUUGUCAGCAUUUGAAGAGCAUGAGGUAACGGACAGGGUUGGUCUGAUUUCUACGGCAAACUAGGAUAGCUACUAUUCCAUACAAAAGGUAAUUCACAAGCCAAAUUGUGUAUUAAUUUUCUAUUCUUUGCGCAAGGAAGGAACAAGAUGCUAAUUAUAUGAAAA